AUGGUGAUAGAACACCUGUCGGCACUGGCGGCGGACAGUGCUCAGGGAAGCAACGGCCAAUCGGUGCGGGAUGCCAUAGAACAGCAGCUGAGCAGCCUGUGCUGGGAAGCGGGCAAUGAAGAGCCUGACUUUGGUGAAAAAUUUAGAGAGCACCUCCAUUCGUCUGCCUCCGAAAACGUUGGUGCGGGUGGGAGAGUUGCAGUUCUUCCAGCGACGUACUUACACCGCCAAUAUAUUCGUCCUAUCACGAUUCCGGAAGGUGGAAGAGCUGUAUGCAUCCACUACGGAGGACGAGGUAUGGGCGAUAUGCCCGCAUAUCUCCUGGUCCUAGGCCCAGAGGUAAUCCUCCAAGACAGCGCAUUCAGUACUUCUGACGAAUUUAAGGCUCGAAAUUUCGCAUUGUUCGGUCUAUAUCUCAAAGGGGAUAGAGGAAGCUCUGCAACAAAGAGGCCGAGGACUAAAUUUAAAACGCUACAAGCAGUGAACCGACGUCUAAUGCGGAUAGGGCAGCCAUUAUAG